ACGGUACGGUGCAGUACUCAUCCGCCCUCGCCUUCGCCAGACACUCAUCCACCAUUAUCACCCUAUUGUUCCGGGAGGUAGCUCACAGUCGGUCGGUCAGGUCGUCCAUCGUGUGAUAUACUGUUGUCGUCAAACCAUGCCAGAAAUGGUGGAAUAAAACUUGGACAUGAGCGACUAGAGCUCGCCUUGUUAGAUAAAACCCCAUCACAGAUUCAUUCAUUCCUAUUCACCGAAAUGCUGCGUUCGGGUGUGAUAUGGAGACUGAUACUGCUGUAUGAUAUGGUAUCUUACCCUCACAAUGAUGGAGCUGGGAAAUCUGCUCAUUUCCCAUUAUCGUGUCAUACAUAAUACAGUUAUCAUACACUUCAAUGAAAACUGGCCAAGUCAUGAUUACGGAAUUAGGAAUGAAUGAAUGCCUUUGAUAAGAUCGGGCGAGCGAGCGAGUAAAGUGAGUGGGGACAGUCAGAGGCGGAAUUCCUUCCCUGCACUGUGAAUUUUCGGCUGGAAUAACGCACUGUGCUGUUGCAAUUUUAAUAUAUAAGAUUAGGGAAGGUUCAAAGCUCCAAGUACGCCGGGAACCGAGUGUACAAUAUACCCCGCAAGUACAGGUAAGUGUAUGAUACUGCUUGAAUAGCAUGACCAUACCUCUGUGCCGGUAUACUACAUCCCUCCUCCCCAAGGAGGGUUUGCUAUGUACCCUAUUUCCCCCAAAAUACACCUCUACCGGAACACCUGUAUCAUACCUUUGAAUCCCCCCUAACUGGCUGUACAGUACUGGCACAGUACAGUAGGAGCCUGGAAGGGUAUGAUACAGACCAGCGUGAUACCGUAAUGGACUGUCCAGACGAAUAUCAUAACCAGGAAUUCUCGCUCGGAAUCACCGCAAAAUCCUGGAUGAACAGCCAGUCCAUCCACUCAAACCUCUUGGCAUCUCGAGAAUAUGUCCCGAUGGUUAUAGUACAUACAGUAAGGUACAGUACGAUAAUAAUACAAGUAUGAGCACAUACAAAUCGAGCUUCCAGAACCCGCCCGGGCGGAACAAACAAACAAACCAGAAAGCGACAGACAGACAGACAGAAAGACAACAAAACCCCACCUCCAAAAGCCACGAACUGGCCUGCUAAACUUGCAUCCUCACCCAACAUCUCGAGUUCACCAGCGCAGAGCGGUGGAAGGUGAGCUGAUAAUCACCAGUAUGAUAUCAAAGUCCCACAAUCGAUACGCACAUGCCGAAGACCACCACCACAAUUAUGUCAUUCAUUCAUUCAUCCAUUUAGCAAAAAAAAAAGGGAGAAACGGAAAACGUUGCACAGUGCAGUCAUAAAUAUCAUAUCAUACUUGCACAAACUUCACUUCAUGCCAUAAAAAGUACCGUGCAGAAAACUGGGAUUUAAGCGCCUGGGGGAGUAUUUUUUAUAUAUAAUAAUGAUAUGGUAUCGUAUCAUGGCUCAAGGGGAACGGUGGGGACGGGUACUGUCUGUGCUGGUAUAAUGCUAGUCCGAUUUUCCCCUCUCUCUCCAGAUCUCAAAAAGUUUU